AUGGUAUCUGAUAAUGCUAAUGAUUUGGCCGUGUUGUUGAAUAUUCAAACUUGUUACCAUCAUGCUGAUAUUUUAGAUAGAGCAGUUGAUUUCAACAAUUCAUCAACUGGAGCUAGCUGGUUUGUAAUAACCGGCGUCAUUAUUAGUCUAUUUAUUCAAGUGUUUAUUGCUAUUCAUUCGAUCGCCACUUUUAUUUUUAGAAAUAGAGAUUUUGAGCAUCUUGGAAGAAAUAUUCGAUACCUAGGAGAUAACUUUGAGAUUUUAAAUGAAAAACAAGUGGAACUUUAUAGUACGGUUUCCUCGUUAAUUGGCACCAUUAAAUCUGAGACCAGAAAUCUACAUGGCAGACUUAAUCGUGGAGGAGACGUUCGAAGAGAAAUCGAAACCAUUUCUGAGAAUCUUGAAAAAACUAUUAUCGACUUCUCCCAAUUGAAAGGUUACCUAUACUCAAGCUGUGGUCCCACUGCUGCAAUUUUGCCUCCAGCUCCGAUUGAAAAUUCAGCAUAUUACAAAAAACUGUCUCAAGAAAGAAAAGUUCAAGGUACCUAUAAAAAUGAUGAAAACUCUAAGACUGAUAAAACAAAUGGGCAAAAAUCAACAGAAGAGAUCAAUAAUUCUCACUCUAAACUUCCUACUUUAGUAGCUAAUUCUAAAGUAGAUUCAAGUAUUGCUAUUGGUUCUAUUCGAAAUGAAAACACUGAUCCAAAUAGUUCCAACUUUAGUAAAUCAUUUGAUAUUUCUACCACUGAAGGAAGGGAAAAAUGGAAAAAAUAUAUUAGAGAACAAUUGGUCAAACCCAAGUUUACACAGCCCUCAACAGUUCCUUGUAAUGGCAAUGGCAAUGUUUUGAAACAAAUCGAUCCUUGUAAUGGCAAUGGCAAUUCUGUUUUAAAGCAAAUUGAUAUUAACCAUCUUCUUAAUGAAAAUGAUUCUAAAGUGCUUAAUAUAAGGUACCAGGAUGUAUUAAAGAGAGAUCAAAAUAAUAAUAAAUUUAGACGUAUCUUUAUUCUUGGUAGAGGGUGGGUAUCAUCCAAGAAGUUGGAGCAAGAAGAAACGAAAUUUGGACCUUCAAGUUUUAUUAAGCUUGAAGACACUGAAGUUUGA